UUCAAAGUCCGUUAUGGUCAAACUCGUCAUUCUCGUAUAAAAUCAAUGUUUUUUUGGGCUGUACGUUGCCGAACUUGUUUUUUUGUCCUAGCCGCAGCGCUCAGCCCAGAAAUGAGCAUUAGUCCAUCAAUCAUUAGUCUAAUCGGUUCUAUGCCCUUUUGGUUAAAAUUUAAAUGUUCAAUUUUUCAGAGUUCACAAUGCCACGGAAGUGUGCAGUCGAAGGUUGCACGAAUAUCCAUGUAUUACAUUGUUGUAAAAGUGAGGAACAGUUCAUGCUAUGGAAACAAACAAUUAACUAUACUGGGAAAGUUUCAAAGCAAUAUUUCAGAAUUUGCAGUAAACAUUUUUCUGAAAACCAGACCCAGCGUGAUUUCCAAUAUGAGUUGCUUGGCCUUCCAGUUCGACAGAUUUUGCUCCCGAAUGCUCUUCCUGACAAAUAUCUACACAUAGCAGAGAACAAUAAUACAUGUACUGAAGAGGAUACAUGUACUGUAGAGGAUACAUGUACUGUAGAGGAUACAUGUACUGUAGAGGAUACAUGUACUGUAGAGGAUACAUGUACUGUAGAGGAUACAUGUACUGUAGAGAAUACAUGUACUGUAGAGGAUACAUCUAUUGUAGAGGAAACCUGUACUGUAGAGAAUACAUCUAUUGUAGAGGAAACAUGUACUGUUUAUAUAAAGGAAGAAGAUGUAAAGGUUGAGAUAAGUGAACCUAAUCAAGAGGAGACAUGUACCGUAUAUGUACAAGAAGGAGAAAUUAAGAAGGAAGAGAUCAAAGAAGAAAAUGUUUUUAUCAAAGAGGAAUUACCCUCCCCUUCUACUGAAGAAGAUACUUGUACUGUAUAUAUAAAGGAAGAAGAUGAUGAGAUGGAAAAUACGGAGAUUAAAGGUGAAAUAGAUCUAAAAGAAGAGAAUCCCUUUCUUGUUGGAUCAACGAUAACCAAGAAGAGGAAACUUGAAGAAGUGAGAUAUCCAUGUUAUAAAUGUGAUUAUUCUGCUACAAAACGAAGUCAUCUCACAGAACAUAUUGAGAAUAAACAUAAAGGACUGCGGUUUCCUUGUGAUCAAUGUGAAUACGCUGCUACUUCCCGAGGUAAUCUAAAAAAACAUAUUGAAAGUAAGCAUGAAGGAAUUAGGUAUCCUUGUGAUAGAUGCGAGUAUUCUGCUACAAUGCAAAAUCAUCUCAGAGAACACAUUAAGUUAAAACACGAUAAAGUGAGAUAUCCUUGUGAUAAAUGUGAUUACAGUGCAACUACAGAAAGAUAUCUUAAAACACAUACCGAAACUAAACAUGAAGGUGUGAGAUAUUCUUGUGAUUUAUGUGAAUAUGUUGCAACAUAUCCAGUUAGUCUAAGAAAACAUAUUGAGAAUAAGCAUGAAGGAGUUAGGUAUCCUUGUGAUAGAUGUGAGUUUUCUGCCAACAGCCAAAUUCAACUCAGACAACAUAUUGAAAACAAACAUGAAGGAGUAAGAUAUCAAUGCGACAAAUGUGAAUAUUCAGCAAAUACACAAAAUCGUCUCAGAGAACACAUUAAAAUUAAACAUGAAGGAGUAAGAUAUAAAUGUAUUGAAUGUGAAUACGCUGCAACUACAGCAGGGGAUCUUAGAAAACACACUAAAAGUAAACAUGAGGGCGUGAGAUAUCCUUGUGAUAAAUGUGGAUACGCUGCAACUGGACUUAAUCAUCUUAAAAGACAUAAAGAAUAUAAACACGAAGGAGUGACAUAUCCUUGUGAUAAAUGUGAAUACACCGCAACAUGCCGAGAUUAUCUUAGUAAGCAUAUCAAGAGUAAGCAUGAAGGAGUAAGGUAUCCUUGUGAUAAAUGUGAGUAUUCUGCAACCACCGAAAUUCAACUCAGACAACAUAUUAAGAAUAAACACGAAAAAGUACAAUAUCCUUGUGAUAAAUGUGAAUAUUCUGCUACAAAGCCAAGUUAUCUCAGAGAACAUAUUAAGAAUAAACACGAAGGAGUAAGAUAUCCUUGUGAUAAAUGUGAAUACGCUGCAACUACACCUUCACAUCUUAAAAGACAUACCGUAAAUAAACACUGAGGAGUGAGAUAUUCUUGGGAUGAAUAUGAUUUCCUAAAACCUAGAAUGAUCAUUUUAGCUUAGGAUCAUCAUUUUAGGAAAGUUAGCAUAGUCUCUUAAAAGAAAGGAUUGUCAAAACCUUUUCUUGAUAUUUUAUCUGCAGAAUGACCAGCCUGCCAUUUUUAAAGCCAAUUUUUCGUAUGCGCUCAUCUGGAAUUUUAAUUUUUGAGCGAUCAAAAAACCUAAAUAAAGAAAUAUUAAAAUCUU